AUCUCAGAAACCCAGAAAAUAAUAUAACAAAUUUUAACAUACACCAAAAAUUUGCCGUUUUCUCCCGGAAAUCGCUCGAGCAGGGACAGAAAGGGACAGCACGACCAUCGGACCCAGCGCCCCAUCCCUUUCUCGCGCCCGUGCCCAUGAGCGAGUGCGAGCGGGACACCGCCAGCGCCGCAGCGCCAAGCAGCAACCAUAAUGAAGAUGGAGAUAGCGAAGAGGCCGGCAGCGAAGCGACAGAAUUCGUACCGCUGCCGGCCCCCCUCGAACCGGAACCGAUCAAACAGCGCCACCCGAAGAGCGAGCCGACCGACGAGGCGCCACCCAACGAUGAAGAGAUGCCCCCGCCGCCCCCCCGAAUUGGGAGCAGUCAGGCGGGUAGCAGCGUGCUGAUAAUGACGCCCGACGAAAUCAUCGAGGCCUACGAACGCGCCCUGCAGGAGGGACAAGAGGAAGAUGGAGAAACCGAUGGUGAGAAAAAGAAGAGCGGCUGGCUGAACAGGCCGAUCAGUGUGAAAUCGACGCUGAGAGCGGUACGCGACGGCCUGUUGUUCGUGGUCGGCGGUUUCCUGCGAUUCGUACGACGUCUAGACAUGCACGGUGGCGGUACGGGCAACAACAUCAACUUCGUCGAGGGUCUGAUCGACUUUCUGGCGGGAUCCCUGGGCGGAGCAGCCCAGGUGUAUGUGUCCCAGCCCCUCGACACGGUCAAGGUCAAGCUGCAAACCUUUCCGGAGGCAUAUCGCGGCAUGUUGGAUUGCUUUUUGAGCACAUACCGCAAGGAUGGCGUCCUGCGCGGCUUGUACGCCGGUUCCGUUCCGGCCGUAUUCGCCAAUGUGGCCGAGAACUCGGUGCUGUUCGCCGCCUACGGUGGAUGCCAGAAAUUCGUUGCCUUCUGCGUGGGCAAGGAGACGGCUGGCGAUUUAACCACCGUGCAGAACGCCUGCGCCGGUUCCCUGGCCGCUUGCUUCUCCACACUGACCCUCUGCCCCACGGAGCUGAUCAAGUGCAAGCUGCAGGCGCUGCGCGAGAUGAAGCACUUCGUUGAACCGGCUCAUCCGCAGGACAUACGAACACCCUGGACACUGACGCGCUACAUUUGGCGGACCGAGGGCAUCAAAGGCUUCUAUCGAGGAUUGAGCUCGACUUUCCUGCGCGAGAUGCCCGGGUACUUCUUUUUCUUCGGCAGCUACGAGGGAACGCGUGAAAUACUCCGCAGGGAUGAUCAAUCCAAAGAUGAUAUUGGACCGCUACGUACGAUGAUCGCCGGCGCCAUUGGAGGCGUCUGCCUCUGGACGUCGACGUUUCCUGCAGACGUAAUUAAGAGCCGCAUACAGGUGAAGAACCUCAACGAGAGCAUGUUCGCCGUGGGAGCGGACAUAGUCCGUCGCGAAGGCGUCCUGGCACUCUACCGUGGCCUGCUGCCAUCUGUCCUGCGCACCAUUCCAGCCACGGCCACCCUGUUCGUGGUCUAUGAGUACACCAAGCGAGCGUUGAGCGCCACCCUCUGACGACGCCAUCAACCGCCAUCCAAUGGAUCGCGACGAACGGUCCGCUGCGGUCCGAUUCGAUCCGAUUGCGGGGAUCCGGGAGCAAGACGCUGUGCUAGUAGUUGUCGGCCGCGGGCGGUCAUUAUUAAAUAUUCGAUAAUUAUUCCUUUUUUUUCUAGAUAAUUACUAGAUCGUAGUGUUGUGCCUGUACAAUGUUCAGAUAAUGCUAAUGACUGACUAAUAUCAA